CCCACCACCACCACCACCUCUACUCGCUACUCGCUACUGGACACGAUGGCCACGGAGGUCAAGAGCGAUCACGAACCGGCGGAGGAGGAGGCGCCGAUCUCCGUGCCCGACUCCGGGGACACGGGCGAGAGCGGCAAGCUCAAGAUGAUCGUCCAGCUCGUGAAGAAGUGCCUCGGCGUGAAGGACAUCGCGUCCAUGCGGCUAUCGCUCCCGGCCUCGCUGCUAGAACCCAUCCCGAACCUAGAAUACUGGCAGUACCUGGAUCGCCCCGACCUUUUCGCGGCGAUCAACGACUCGGAAGAUGCGUUCGAGCGGAUGCUUGCCGUAAUCCGGUUCACCUUCACGAAGGAUCUCAAGUUCAUCCGCGGCAGAGUCUGCAAGCCCUACAACUCCGUGCUCGGCGAGCACUUCCGCUCGCACUGGGACGUCGUCCCGGUCUCCUACCCGUCGGACCCCCGAGGCCCGCCCGUGCAGCACCUCUACCUCGCGCCCGCCGCCGCCGAGUCCUCCGUGUACUCCCUCCCGGGCACGUCGGCGACGGCCACGCCCGCGGGCAGCACGCCUCCGUCCGCCUUCGCGUCCCCCCGCGUCCGCCCGUCCGACGACGUCUCCGUGCGCAGCGGCAAGAGCGGCACGAGCUCCUUCUCCAAAGGCGUCGCCUCGCCCUCCACCGCCGCGACGUCCGUCGAGUCCAACCUCGACGCGCAGAUGUCGACCCUCAGCCUCGGCGUCGGCGAGGACGAGGACGUCGUGCUCGAGGCCGGCGCGCCGCCCGCCGCCGACGCCACCGCCGAGCGCGUCCGGAUCGCCUUCCUGACCGAGCAGGUCUCGCACCACCCGCCGAUCUCGGCCUACUACGCCGUCUGCCCCCCGCGCCACGUCGAGCUCGCGGGCGUCGACCAGAUCUCGGCGCGCGUCGCGGGCACCGCGAUCAAGAUUUUUCCCGGCUCGUUCAACAAGGGCAUCUUCGUCCGCCUCACCGGCGGCCCCGGCGAGGGCGAGCAGUACCAGAUCACGCACCCGACCGCGGCGGUGAACGGCAUCCUCCGCGGCAGCUUCUACGUCACCGUCGGCGAUUCGACGAUCGUCACCUGUACCGGCGGCGCGCCGGGGCAGAAGCUGCGCACGAUCCUCGAGUACAAGGAGGAGUCCUGGCUAGGCAAAGCCCACUUCCUGGUCGAGGGCGUCGUGCACACCUACACGGAGGGAGAGCCCGGCGUCGAAGAGUGGACGAAGGUGAAGCACGUCCCGAAAGAUCGCGCGGUGGCGUACAUCGACGGCUCGUGGCGGCACAAGGUCCGCUGGCGGCGGGCGACGGCCUCGACCAAGUCGGGCAAGGCGACCCCGCCCCAGGACCGGGACUGGGCGACGCUCAUCGACCUCUCGACGCUGCACGUCGUGCCGAAGAGCGUGCGCCCGCUCGAGAAGCAGCUCCCGAACGAGAGCCGGCGGCUGUGGGAGAACGUGACGAGCAAGCUGCUCAGCAAGGAGUACUCGGACGCGACCAAGCACAAGCACGCGAUCGAGCAGAAGCAGCGGGACGACGCCGCGGAGAGGAAGCGUAAGGGCAUCGAGUUCGCGCCGGUGUAUUUCGAGAAGGAGAUCGACUCCGGUAUUCCGCAGCUUACCGAAGCGGGUCGCAAGGCGAUCGAGGAAGAGCUCAGGGAGGGACAUCCCGAGGAGCCUUCCACGCCCAAACCCUCGUCAUAGCACGCGACCCCGCCUACCGCGAACAUCUUCGCCGAACUCUCUCGAUUGGAUCGGGCCUCAGCGCUGGUGGAAUCUCUUUAGACCACCGUUUCUUUCUACGGCUGGCGAUAUAUAGUGCGGACAGACACGGAGGGAUCUAUUCAGUGUAUAAUCGUUUUGCAUGAUCUGAUAAAGAAUACUCAUGACCACCAUUCCGUGGGAUAACCCACCUGCCGACGGCGAGUGCGUACGGUCGAUAUAUAGAAUCUAAGCAGUCUAGUUCGGAAAUUGCCAUGACCAGACCGGCUGCCCUCAUUAGGAGCGAGGGUGCAGCUGAGUCCAAGGCCGUGGUGCCGCCGCGCACGGCCCUGAGAGGCGAGCACAUCGGUAGUUCGAGAGCCGGAAAGGCGAUGGCAAAGGGGAAUUAUGUGUGGAUUGAGCGACGAUUGCAGGAGAUACUGUGGCAUCGUCAUGCUCUAUUCUACACGGCCUAUUCCAGCGCGCGCCCCCUCCCUCUCUUUUCGGCGUCUUGGCAUCUGCCGAGGAGGACCGACAUCGUAGGGGCAAGUUAUUCGUGGUGAUGUCACUUGUUAUCGUGCUUGUGGCGAGUGGUGGCUGCGAACGGGCAUGGUGCUCGGUCGUUGAAAAUGGGUAUCCGGACGCGCCGUCUACGAUGGGCGCGAAGCAGCCGAGCCGGCGUGAGAUAUCCUCGACGCCCUUAUCGCGUUCGGCGAGUUCGAUGGCACGAUGGUUCGACCCAGUCGGGGAGAGGUAAAAGCGUGUGUCACGUCCACCAGCUACCCGUGCCGUCUAAACCUCGCCGUCUCAACGGCAGUGGCAACCAUCUCCGACCCGUCGGUCGCGCUCGGCGAUUCCGAGGGUUCGCAGAUAGCCCGACCUUGCGGAUCUUUGCGAGCCUCCGCAUGCCUCCCCACGCGAUGAUGACCGCCACGGCCAUGGAGACCGCAGAAAGCGCCGCAAAUGCGUAUUCCGUCUCUUCCAAGUGGCUAGUCAAGUUCAUACCAAAUAAGCCGGCGAUAAGAGCACCUGCACCGAUACCCAUCGUUCCGAUAGAUAUCUUGAGGUCCAGAGCCAGCAGCGCGUUACGAUUUGAGUCCAAGAUUAGCUCAACGAUUUCCUGCGUCGAUUGAACGUUGCUCUCUAUUACCGCAACUUCGUUGACAACUUCCUCUACUUGCUUUGCGAACGUUUCUAGCAGAACCUCCAGGUCCUCGUGCUCUGUCAUCUCCCGUGGGACGUUGUUUUUCUUGUCGGUAAGGUACAUUGCGUUCAGGUCUUCGUCUUGCUCCAAAACCUCCUCUAGGGCUUGUUGAACAAGCUUUGCGCGAUUCUGGAAACUGGCCAAACGCCGUGAGUAGUGAAGGAGACGUUUGAACCGGUCAUGGUCGAUGUCGUCCUCUAAUUCUGCCAGCAAGCCGCCGACUAUAUUCCGUAUGAACACUAUUUCGGCCUCCAGAGCGCUGAGAACCGAGAGCAAAAUAGAUUCGAGCGCUCUGAAUUCGUAGGGCAGACCAGCACCUUUCGCCUUCAGAUUGUGUUCAAGGUGGUACAGGAAAGCAGAGUGCAGGCGGGAAUCCGCUGACCCAAUCGUGUCAAAGAGAAGUACGGUGUCGGCUUUGACCAUCGCCCGAAUGUGCAAUAUAUUGACCAAGAACGCUUCCUUGCGAGCGAGGAUGGUUGGCACGAGGUUCGGAAUCCGUGAAUCGAUUUUGCGGAGAUCACGAGGGUUUAGCCGGUGCUCCGCACAUAGUGCAGUCCGUUUGAACUCUCCAGAGAUCGUUUUUACGUUUCCCUCGGCGUCCAAUACGGUGCAUCUGAGCAUGAGAUCUGCCGGUUGGCGUCCCUUCAUCACUUUGUCAAGAAUUGCCGCCUUCGCCGCUUGAUCCUGCACGCUGGCAGUGUUGUCGUCGAACGACAGAUCCGGCUUCUUCGCGAACCUGUCUGCCCAGUAUGACAUGGGCCUAGUGGUAGUGUAGCAGCAUAGUUCCGCGUCCAUUCUAGCUCGCAUUCGCUGUCGCUGGAAGGCGCUACCAGAGGCGCGCAAGCCUUGCGCCAGCGGCGCGUACGUCGCAAGAUAGCGCAACGGGUUCGCUCCGACUACAUUCCAGUAGCGAGCUCCAAGGUGUCCCAUUACAUGGCUGGAGGUGCGCGCG